AUGCCUGAAUUUAUCAAUCAUUUAAGGGCAACCUUUGAGCCGACAGAUUGCGAGCUCUUGACUACGACGCCAACAUCAAAAUUGUUGGUCGACCACCCCAUCUUGGCAUCUGCAUUAUCCCAAAUCUUCCCAUAUUUGUUACUAGUUGAUAGCAUAUUAGAGACUAUUACGUGGACUAAUGACGAUUAUUAUCGUAAUUUCUUGAUCAUGACCCUAUAUUCUUGCAUUAUUGUGUAUUGGGAUCUUGUAUCGCAUGCAAUUCUCCCACUACUCGCGGUGACGUUGUUUUCAUUUAUUGUAUGGCUGAUAAGCUCAGUAAUCUAUGACUCAAAGUACAACGAGAAACCAACCAUAGAAGAGGUAUUAUAUACUUUGCACAACAUAACAGUAAGAACUGAGAUGAUUUUUAGACCAAUCAAAAAGUUCCCAUUCACAGUUAAGAAUUACACGAGGCUAUUUAUUGUAAGUAUCCUCUUGACCCCAGUGCAUUGGGUAUUGGUAAAGACGAUACUACCACCACAAAGAUAUAUCUGGUUUGCUGGUCUUUUCAUAUUUUCAUUCAACAGUCCAUAUUCAUUUGCUAUGAGGCAACUUUUGUGGAGAUCGUUGUACUUGAGACUUGCAAUUGUGUAUAUCACAGGGGUAGAUUUCAAGAUAACCAAACCGCAGUAUCAAGAAGUAUCAAUGACGCAAAGCUCCUCCGCCAGUGACUAUGACGAUUCCAACACUUCCUCUUCUACACCAUUGUUGUCAAAUUUCAAGAUUGUGAGAAAAAAAAUGAUUUCUCCAACACAGUUGAAGCAAACAGUGUUAUUUGAAGUCUUGGAAAAUGAGAGAAGGUGGUUGGGUAUAGGAUGGUCUUCCUUAUUGUACCCGAGCGAGCGUCAGAAUUUCUGCUACCAAAAUACACUUCAAGCAGCACCAGAUAUAACUAUCAAUGCAAACAAUUUCCCCUUCCCCAUGUUCGAGAAUGACGUUUAUUCCUAUCAAUGGGAAUGGGCAGAGGACAGGUGGCAUUUGGAUUUGGAGUUCAACAAAUGCAAAGCAAAGGAUGGAUGGGUAUACUACAAUAACAACUGGGAGUGUCCACGUUAUUGCGACGGGUUCAGCAAAUAUACAAGAUCAAGAAAAUGGGUGAGAAAAGCGUACCUAGUGAUCGAUAAGCGUGGAACCGUAUAUGAUGAAUGA